AUGAUAUUUCUCACAACAUUUGUAUUAAGUGUUGCCCUUCAAAUACUCAAAUGUGAUGCGUACAUACCCAAAUUCAUCAACGGAAGGCCAGUUGGAGGAUUUUUAGGUUCCCCUAACGUCCCUGAAAAAUCUUAUGAAGACACAGCAUUACCUGAAGAAAACUGGUUUGAGCAACGUUUGGACCAUUUCAAUAAUGCUGAUCUGAGAACAUGGAAACAAAGAUACUUUUACAAUGACACUAUGUUCAACAGAAAGGCUGAUGGGCCGGUUUUCUUUAUGAUUGGCGGUGAAGGCACAGCGAAUCCAAUUUGGGUUGUUGUUGGUAGUAUGAUGGAAUAUGCUCAAAAGUAUGGGGCUCUUUGCUUCCUACUGGAGCAUAGGUUUUAUGGCAAGAGUCAUCCAUUGGGUGAUAUGAGUGACAACAGCCUUCAACAUUUAAGCAGUGAGCAAGCUCUUGCAGACUUGGCUGCUUUUCAGCAAGCCAUGCAAGUAAAGUUUGAAUUAAUUGCGAAUAAAUGGAUAUCAUUUGGAGGAUCAUAUCCAGGUGCACUCUCAGCAUGGUAUCGUUUGAAGUAUCCACAUCUCGUUUCAGGUGCUGUUGCUACAAGUGCCCCAAUUCAGGCUGUUUUAGAUUUCCCAGAGUACUAUGAAGUGGUUGCGAAUUCUCUUGCUACAACUGGUCCAACUUGCAAUGAAAACAUAGCCUCUGCAACCAAGAUGUUUGAAACAAUGUCCAAAACUAGUGAAGGAUUGGCCAAUUUAACACAAAUUUUCAAACUUUGUAAACCUGCAACUGAUGAUAACUUUGACAUCAUGAAUUUUGCUUCAUCAUUGGCUGACAAUUUUGCCGGAGUUGUCCAAUAUAACAAAGAUAACCGAGCAUUUGAGGGAGCAAGAGGGACAAAUAUCACAAUUGAAACCCUUUGCAAGAUAAUGAAUGAUGAAAGUAUUGGCAAUCCAUUGUUGAGAUAUGCUAGAGUCAAUGAAUUGAUGUUGGCUGUUUAUGAAACUAAAUGUUUGGAUGCCUCAUACAAAGAUAUGAUACAAUCAUUGAGGCAGAUUUCCUGGACCUCAACAGCAAGUGAGGGAGGGCGUCAGUGGCUAUACCAAACUUGCACUGAAUUUGGUUUUUAUCAAACAACAGACUCUACCAUGCAGCCGUUUGGGGGCUUAGGUCCUUUGAGCUUCUCUAUUCAACAAUGUAAAGAUAUUUUUGGAUCAAAGUUCAAUGCCACAAAUAUUGAUGCAGGAAUCGACUUUACAAAUACAAAUUAUGGUGGAUUUAGAUACUCUGGAUCAAAGGUGCUCUUUGUGAAUGGUGCCAUUGAUCCAUGGCAUGCGCUUAGCUUCACAACCAACACCCCAUCAUACAUCAACAGUAUCUACAUCCAAGGAACGGCUCACUGUGCCAAUAUGUACCCAGACUCAAAUGACGACCUACCGCAGCUAAAAGAAGCGAGAGCCAAGAUCGAAGCCACAAUUGGUGAAUGGUUGAAAAGUUAGAUGCUGUCAUUCGUUGAUUCCAAGAUAUCUAAGCAACGCUUAUAUGAAUGUUUUGCAGAUGAGGCAGUUCACGAAGAAUGAUUCACAGAACCGUGGCUUAUAAUUAAACUUGGCUUCUUGCAUUUGAUGUUUUGGCCUACCAUGAUGUUGAUUGACGCUUAACCUAAAUUAGAAAUCACAUUGAGUAUGAGAAUACUUCGAACUUUGAGCGUGCUUACAUGAAUUCAGAAUUGUAGAAAUGAUCUAAUAUCUCUUGGUGUAUAUUUAGAAAAAAUUUAGUCUUGGAAUUGUGUAGAUGAGUGCUGGAGAAAUUUCGUAGAAUGAAAAAUAGAGUCAUAACAUUCUGCAAGUCCCAAUGUUUUUAAUCUACUGCAUACAUUUGUGUAACACACGUUGUUCAGGGUUUGUUGACACAAAGGGUGAUUCCUGAGCAAUAAUCUUUUAGGCUACUUUUGCAAAUCUACGGAUGUACUGUUAUUUUAGCUUAGGUCACUUUGUUAUGAACAGAGAUCAAACUCCAGAGGAUUGCUGGGGAAAGAGCCUGUUCUCAUGUGGUCAUAUCUCAGCAAUAUCUCAUAACACACGGUGCUGAGGAGAGGGGGAUCAGGGGGGUCACUGGCCCAGGGGCUCUUGGCUAUAGGGGCCCAAAAAUAAUAAAACAGCCUUUCCAUUACAACAAACUGUCAUUAAUAGAGACCAUAAUGCAAAAGUCUAUGAAUAAAGUUUGAGUCUUUCAUUACCUGUAUUUUUGUUAAUAAUUUCUCAUCUUGUGGGCUUGGGCUAAAGAAGUUGAAAAGCUUCUAAAUGCUACCAAAAAUGUGAUUGGAAUAGUGCAAGAUACAGCAAUAUGUAUGUUAUACAGAUUUACACUAUUGAUGGCUUGCCCAUCUAUUUGUAAGAGUAUCAGUUGUGAUCGAAUUUAGCUGAGGAAUUAAACGUUUUCCAUUUUCUAGGACUUUUCCAUUUUCUAAGAAAUUUUCAUUUUUAUGCAUUAUGGUGUUAAGAUAUAAGUUAUGCUCAAAUUAUAUCAAAUAGCAAACAGAAGUAAUAGCCAGCAGACAAUGGCAUAGAUAGGAAAAUUCAUAGGAGGGGUGAGAAACUUUUAUUUUCCGACAAAAAUCUAAAAAGCAUUUAUAUUUAUUUCAGAAAUUUAACAUAACACAACGACAUUAGAACUGAAAAAAAAUCUUUUGAUAUUUUCAGAUAUUCUUAUGUUUAUUUAGCUUUUAAUUCUUUCACAUCUAAACAUAGCAAUUAGAAAAACAUAGACAACCGUGUUAAAUUCCUGAUAAGAUCAGAAGUUUUCCGACAAAAUAGCAGUUUAGCUCUACAGGGGGAGAGUUUGCCCACUCUGGCCCCCCUUUUAUCUAUGCCACUGCAAAAGUUUAGCCACCAUAGCAAUUUUAGCAACCAAAAUAGCCACCAUAGCAAUUUUAGCAACCAUCAUUUCAAAAAUUCCUGAGGAGCAUUCCCCUGACCCCUACCCCUUGAAGCGUCUGCCUAAGGCAUGCUUUACUAUUCCUCUUUCGUCCUGACCCGAGGCCCAUAAAUCCUCUCCGAGGCCCUGAUAACACAUUUAACUAAUUUUGCAGAUUUAGAGGCAUUUUAUGAUGCUCUUUCGGAUAAUCGGUAAAAGAUUAGAAAUUCUGAAAAUAGAUUUUUGUGACGUAAGAACUUUGGAAACUCAAUUGCUACUAAGAACAAUGGCAAAUUGACAUGAAAAUUAGUGCUAACGCCAAAAGAAUAUCAUCUAAAAAUAGCUUUGCUUUCUACCAUUGAUUAUUAUCAUUAUCUAUAAAAAUAUAUCAACAAACGGAAAAAGAGCGUGGAAAGUAAAGACGACAAUCAGAACUUUCUUUCGAUUUUGAAACCUGGAAUGCUACCGCUUACACUGGAAUUGAUUUACAAAUUCUAAAAAUUUUACACCAACAACAAGAACAAAACUUAUAAAAACGUAUUCACACAUUAAUCAAUUAUAUUAAUUCAUAGUUUUAUGUACA